AUGUUCCUCUCAGAGCUUCUGCCGCCGGACAGGGUUCAGGCUUGCUUGCUACUGGAUCAAGCGUGGCCAAUGAAAGGAAGCACAGGCGAGAUGCCGAGUGUUCCAAGCCGCAAGGGACGCACGCGUUUGAAUUGGGAUCACAUUUACAAUCUUCACUGGCCAAUUCCAUUGGUCACACGACGUUGCGACUUGAAGUUGCCCUCCACUCACCUGCAAAUUCUGUCCCGACUUCUGGAGCCCGCACCUGGGCCCGUCAUGAUUUUGGGCAUCCAUCUCUGUGGGUUGCUGUCCAUUCGCGCCAUCGAAACCUUCAAUCAAGGGCCGAAGUGUGUUGCCUUUGGGUUGAAACCCUGCUGCCUCCCCUCGAUGCAUUAG